GACGUGCUGUCAGGAGCAGUUUGUCUGCGAAGUAAUCUCCUCAUAUACUUCGUGGCUAACGAGAAAAGGCGGACAGUGAAAUUCAAAGACUGUAGAACUGAAGCGAUGGACCAGGAGCCAACUAAGUGGAUAAAAAAAGAUGAAACUCAUGAAGUACAAACUGAGUUACACUUCAUAGCCCAAGAUUAUGCAUGCAGCAUGAAUGUAAAAGAAGAGUUGGAGGAGGGUGUGAAUAAAGAGUUUCUUGAAGACCCAUUAAAGGCUGGCGACCCUAGUGUUUGCGUAAAGCAAGACCCCGAACUGAAACACCAUGCUGCUGUAUCUGAGCGUAAUUCGGUUGAAGAUCCAUUGGGAAUAUCUUUGUCCACUGAUUUUAUCAAGGAGGAUCCUGAAUUAAAUAUAACUGAGAAUACUGUGGAAACCUCAACAAGAUGUGCAUCUGAUAGUGCAAGAUUUACUCAGACUACUGGUGGGAGUUGCAGCAUAUCAUGUGAAGAAACUUGUCACCAUAGACUGGUCCAGGAUGAGUUGAUGAUAGACAUGGAGAAGUCAACACAAGGGUUCAGUACCAAUACAGAAGAUGUGACUAUUGAUAAGGAAUGCUCAGUUGCCACCCAAUAUGACUGUAGUAUGAGGGAAAAGGAAUUACAUGUAUAUAGCUGUAAUUUCUGCCAACAGAGCUUUUCUUCAAAAUACAGACUCAUAAUGCAUGUGUUUAUGCACAUUGAUGGAACGCAACCACCUUCGUAUGUUUGUAAGUGGUGUGGUGAGGUAUUUCACAGUAAUGUUGGCUUGAAAAAGCAUAUGACAAUGAGUGAGAAUUGUCAAGUUUUAACUGCUGACAGUCAUGAAAAAUAUGCACAUAGUGAUGAGCAUCAAACCACUACCUCGUUGGAUAGCGAGGCAGAAGUUUCUGUCACAGAACACAAUGACCAGUCUUCAUGUAAGGAAACUUGGAAAGAUUCAAAGAAGCCCUCUAAUGACAUAUGUAACACACAUAUGACAAAUGAUAGAGAGAAAACAAGUAAUUAUGGAACUUUGUCUAUAGCUGUUAAUGUCAGCGCCCAGGCUGAUCUACUUACUGCCAACAGAACUGACAGAUGUGGUAUUUGUGGCAAAUUGUUUGCUAGGUCAGGUGAUCUCGAGAGACAUGUUUCCAUUCAUACUGGGAAAAGACUUCACAAAUGUGAUAUUUGUGAGAAAUGGUUUGCCCAGUCACGUUAUCUAAAGGCUCACAAAUUAAUUCACACUGGAAAGAAACCUUACAUGUGCCAGAUUUGUGGGAAACCUUUUACUAUGUUAGGUGGUCUUAAGAAACAUUCAUUACUUCACACUGGAAAUAAACCUCACAAAUGUGAGAUUUGUGGGAAAUCAUUUACUAUAUUAGGCAAUCUUAACAAACAUAUAUUAAUUCACACUGGCAAGAAACCUCACAAAUGUGAGAUGUGUGGGAAAGCUUUUGUGUUUUCAAGCUAUCUGAAGGCACACUCAUUAAUUCACAAUGGAAGGAAACCUCACAAAUGUGAGAUUUGUGGGAAAUCUUUUACUAUAUUAGGUAAUCUGAAGAAACAUCUAUUAAUUCACACUGGAAAUAAACCCCACAAAUGUGAGAUUUGUGGGAAAUCUUUUGCUAGGGCAGAUCAUUGCAAGACACACACAUUAUUUCACAUUGGAAAUAAACGUCACAAAUGUGAGAUUUGUGGGAAAUCUUUUACUAUAUUAGCCAAUCUUAACAAACACUUAUUAAUUCACACUGGAAAGAAACCUCACAAAUGUGAGAUUUGUGGGAAAUCUUUUGCUGCGUCAGGCUAUCUCAAGAAUCAUGUUUUAAUUCACAGUGGAGAGAAACCGCACAAAUGUGAGAUUUGUGGGAAAUCUUUCACUAUGUCAAGCCAUCUCAAGAAACACGUAUUAAUUCACACUGGAAAGAAACCCUACAUGUGCGAGAUUUGUGGGAAAUCUUUUACUAUGUUAGGUAAUCUCAAGAAACAUUCAUUAAUUCACACUGGAAAGAAACCUCUCAAAUGUGAGAUCUGUGACAAAAGUUUCACUUACUUGGAUACUCUCAAGACACAUGCAUUACUUCACGUCAGAAAGAAAAUGUAA